AUGACUACAAUCAGAACAUUUCUGGCAGUAGCUGUUGCUAAUAAUUGGGCAAUUGAGCAGCUAGAUAUCAAUAAUGCUUUCCUCCAUGGUGAUCUAGAAGAGGAGGUUUACAUGGUUUUACCACCAGGAUUCCAGAACAGCAAGCCAAAUCAAGUGUGCAAACUUAUGAGAUCGUUGUAUGGUCUGAAACAAGCUUCUAGGCAAUGGAAUGCAAAAUUAACCAAAGCCUUGCAGAACAUGGGUUUCUCUCAGUCCUCAGCAGAUCCCUCUUUGUUUACUAAACAAACAUGCAGUUCUUUCAUGGCCCUAUUAAUAUAUGUGGAUGAUAUUCUGGUGGCAGGAACAGACUCCAUUCAAAUCCAAGCUCUCAAACAGUUACUGGAUAAUGCUUUUAAGAUCAAGGAUUUUGGCAAUCUGAACUACUUCUUCGGCAUUGAAGCCUUUAGAACCCCCAAGGGCAUUAACCUAUGCCAAAGAAAAUAUACCCUGGACAUCUUGCAAGAAUAUGGUUUUUUAGAAGCAAAACCUGCACCAACACCUUCUGUCUGUGGGCAAAAACUCAAUUCCAGUGAAGGCAACCUCCUUGAGUAUCCUGAGGAUUAUAGAAGGCUGGUUGGUAAGCUCCUCUAUCUAACCAACACCAGGCCAGACAUAACAUAUUCAGUUCAGCAGCUGAGUCAAUUUGUGGAUAAACCAAGGGAUAGUCACCUAAUGGCAGGUCAUAUGGUAUUGAGAUACCUUAAAGGGUCCCCUGGAAAAGGCAUUUUUUACUCUUCUAACAACUAUCUUAGACUACAGGGUUUCUCUGAUUCAGACUGGGCAUCUUGCAUUGAAUCUAGGAAGUCAUUGACUGGUUAUUGUGUCUAUCUUGGAGAUUCAUUAAUCUCAUGGAAGACCAAGAAGCAAGUAACUGUUUCCAGAUCUUCCUCCGAAGCAGAAUACAGGGCUUUGGCAUCAACAACUUGUGAGCUACAAUGGCUUCUGUAUUUACUGGCAGAUUUGAGGGUAGAGAUAAUCAAGCCUGUGGCAUUGUUUUGUGAUUGCAGUUCUGCUAUUGCUAUAGGAGAAAAUCAUGUGUUUCACGAACGUACAAAACACAUCGAAAUUGACUGCCAUGUUGUGAGACAAAAGAUUCAAGAAGGAGUCCUUAAACUGUUGAGCAUCACUUCUCAAAAUCAGACAGCAGAUGGAUUCACAAAGGCUUUAUCAAAACCUUUGUUUGAUAGAUUUCAUGCUAAGCUGGGCUUACCUAAAGGCAGCUUAGAGAUCAAGAAUAACAAAGGGUGA